AUGACACAGUUUGACCAUUGCGACGAGCAACGGCAUUUCCAACUCGUGGUUCCCCGUCGGGCACAGCACUGUCCCACUCUCCAAAACGCCAUUUUCGCAGCAUCCUCUCGUCGCCUCUACCGUCUUCCACAGUACCGCACCGAUCGUGGUAUUGUAUACUGCGGCCAAUUGCUCCACGAGCUCAAAGAAUCUACCGCUCUGGAGUACAUGCUAAAAUGCAUCCCGGACCUGAUCGAGUUCCCCAAGAUCCAGGAUCCCGUCGAGCAGGAGAAUAUCAUGGCAGCGACCGUCAUACUGCGCCAGUAUGAGGAAAUCGAAGAGGAUGUCGAUGAUGAUGGAGAUGACAUGAGGACUGAGACCCAUCAUCAUUCCUUCGAACGGGUCAAUUUCUUGGGCAUCACGCAGACGAUCAUUGACGCGAUGAGCACAUCUCCAAUUCGUUCUUCACUUGCACGUGCCUGUUAUUGGAUCACCAUCCGGCAGGAAACAUACUAUGCCUUGACGAGAGAGACUGUUCCGCAUUUGCGUUUCGACUCGGAUCGUUGGCCAAAUGCUUCCAUCGCGGAUGAUAUGAUUCUGUUUGCUGGACAGGUUGCCACAUGGUGCUGGACUGAGAAGUCAUCGGAACAGUGGUGGCGUCUCAAAGGCCAAGAACAGCUGCUGCUCCAUAAUUCCUCGGAAGAGUUGAAGCCUCUCCUGGAUCUCAAACCAAAGAAAUCAAUCGGCGAGGUCUUUCCGACGAUUUGGUACAGCUUCGACGUCCAAGUGACAGCGAUCCAGCAUCUCCGACUCGCCCAACUGAUCCUGACCGCGGAGAACCCGCAGCUUGAGACCGCCAAUCGAGCAACCCAUCGAAAAGCCGAAGCAGAGGUCCGAUCGAUCGUCCUAGAGAUAUGCGGAAUUGCUCUGUGCCAUCGCCAGAUCCAACCCGCAUUAGUCAAUGCCGUUAUUGCGAUUACCUUGUACGGAGAAUAUUUCACGGAUCAAGAGGACAGGGAUUCACUAGUGGGGAUAAUCAGCAUGACCAGUGAUAUACGGGCGUGGUCCAUGCGGAAGGCAUACCAGCGGUUGAAGGCGCGAUGGGCUAUGGUGGAUAGCGCUGAGAUAUAAAACGUCUCGAUUCCAAGAGUUGCACGUGGUCGGUUAACGGAAGUUCUGGUGUUGAAUGACUUCGAUUUCGACCCACUCUACUUUCCAAAUUUUGCUCUGCGCGUCCUUGUUCG